CGAAGAUGAAUCAUCCAGACAAAAGUCAGGAUGAUUUCGACAAAAGUUCCAUGUCGGAUUUAUACAAAGUGUAUCCACAGACGUUACCUACCAAUACAAUAAGUCAACAGAAACUCAUACCAGCGAGCUUAUUAAAUGCGUAUCCAUGGAAUAGUGAUAACCAAGGAAACUAUUUCUCCAUGUGCGGUUCACCUGUUUUUCCGUAUUUACCCAAUCCAUUGGACUCUUUUGGUCGAAUGGUGUCAUCUGUAUCUACAGCGUCCAAUAUGCUAAAUUAUUUUCUAUUGCAAAAUGCAUAUAGUCCUCAAAUGACAAACUUUCAGCCGUUAUCCUCGGCUCCCCCGUCGCAAUGUUAUCCCGCUAUGUCAACACCAGAGGAAUCUAAAGGAAUCAACAUGUUUCCAACACAAACUGCUUCUCCUACGCCACCAGCUUCUUUCAAUAGUUCUUCUAUUUACCCGUAUAUAAUGCAUCCAUGUUUAAGUCAACUCGAUUUAUCGUCAACGAAUUAUGCAGCUUCACAAGGUGUUGAUUUGAGAGCAAAGACUUCAAGUGGAAUUGUUUCAAAUGCUUCAGUUUUAGAUUCACGGGACGCACCUUUAAAAAAGUUAAAUUCGACAAUGUCAACAGAUUUUUCUUCGUCAAUGAACAAAUCAGCAUUUAAAACAAAUCGAGAAGUACCUAUGGGAUCAAACGACUUGGUUGGAAAUUUUCAUCCUGGCGACUUCAGCAUGUGUUGUUCCGAUAGUUUAUCUGGCAAUUUUGAAAAGUCUUGUAAAAACGAAUGUCAAGAUGUAUGUGAAACAACGUUUAAAAAAAAAAAUAGCGCUCUACUAAGCAAUGCUUUAAAUUUGACUACCGAUAAUGUCACAAAGGAAAGUAGCUAUGAAAAAGUGUUAUAUAGAAAUAUUAUUAGCGAGAUGAAUAUGGACAUCCUUUUUGACAAUGAAUUAGAAGAGUGGUUAACGAAAGUAACGGUCAAAAGUCUUUUAUAUGAUACGUGUUCUUUAUUGCAUCAAUAUUCGACAAGCGUCUAUCUGGAUCAAACAAGUUCACCAAGGUCAAAUUUCAAUACAUAUAAAUAUAAAUUCAAAAAAACAAGCGCUGAGCUAGCGCUUAUUAAAUACACAGUGUCUUCCCAGUGGUGCGCUGUAUGUCAAGAAGUUGCUCGACCAAUGGAGUUAGCGUUGUUAGGGGACCUAUUGGUGUACUGUAAAGACUGUGGUCUUGCAGUUCAUCGUCGAUGUUACGGGGUUCAUCGUAUAUUUGUUGAUGAUCAACAAGAUAAACAUUUUUUAUUUCUUUGUUGUUUUUGUCAAAACGUUCGAAGGCUUAAUAAAAAAAAGGCAUUAAAAGUACGACAUUCUGGCAAAAAAGAAAUUGGCUGUGCAAUCUGUAGUCGUCAUUAUGAUGGUACAACGGAACCUGAGGCAUUUCAUCCUAUAAGUAAUCAUGACAAUAUUUGGGUGCACACCUAUUGUGCUUUUCUCUCUCGCAACCAUGUACAAAUUAAAGAUAUUCAAUUUGUUAGAACUCUUGAAUGGAUUGGUCCUGUUGAACCCUAUAGUGUUACGAAACAGGAUACUCAAAAUAUUUUGCAAAAAAAUUAUUUCACAAGCUUGGAAAAAUUACAAGAUUUUAAUACUUUAUCGAAAAAAGACACUGGUUUUGAAUCUCAUUUACAAACAAAGUGUGAAGAUCCUUUGAACGGCGAAAAUGUAACGUCCGAACCCUCAACAGUCGUACAUUGUAUGUUUUGUUUCAAAACAAGCGGCGUAUUACUUCAAUGUUCAACGGUCAAUUGUUCUAAUUUUAUGCACUUAUAUUGUUUAAAACGACAAAUUCAGUGUACCGAGCAAGAUGGAAAGUCAUCUAUCACAACAGCUUUAACAGUGACGUUAGGCAAUCCAUUCACUUUUACCACCUCAUUUAUUUUAAACAUUUCAUGUUUAUUACAUUUAGUGACUCCCUCCUAUUGUCUUUGUCGUAAACCUUUUACUCCUAGUGAACAAUCUAUGAUGGUGGGAUGCGAUGUAUGCGGAGAUUGGUUACAUGGAUCUUGUAUAGGAAGUAAUGAAGUGACGCGUGCCAUACAAAAAGAAUAUUAUAAAUGUUUAAGAUGUGAGAAUCAAAGUUUUUAUUUUCAAUUUUUAGAUUUAUUAUGGUCAACAUUUCCUUUGGAACAUGCAGAUUAUGCAAUUUGUCGACAAUUUCUAAAUCAUUUAUUUCUGCUUGAAUCCAAUUCAGUGCAUUCCUCUAUCAUUUCACCUUUCUUCAAAAUUAUCCCUUCUCAUACAGAUCCUCUUCCUUUUACGGAUAUUCUUUUACUAUGCUUUGCGUGGCAAUGGAGAAUUCAAGCCUUAUUGCUAGUCGAUCGAGUCACGCUACUUCCUGCAACAACUACGUCGGUUCCUGAAAAAAAUAAUAUGGUUAAGAAGAUUAGUUUAAAUAAAAGAAUUAAGCUUGCCGGUCAUCGACAAGAAGGAAAAUUGAGUGAAACAAAUUCGUGUCCAGUGGAAUAUCCUAUUCCAUCGUUGAAAAAAAAAGAAAUGCCGUUACUGGUUUCUUUUAAAACUAAAAAUGUCAACAAAGGACUUCAUGUACAAGAGAAAAUUAAGAGAAAAUCGGAAUUCAAAGGCACUCAUACGUUUCCUCAUUACACUGGUUCUACGGAGAAAGUUAAAAAAAAUCAUAAAACAAAUAGAAUGGACAUGGAUGGAAAAAAGGAGUCAAAGUUGUUGAAAUCCGACAGUCCAUGCUUAAAGAAUUCCAGUGUUUCCAAUAAUGACCAAGAAGUGUUAGUUGAAAAUGAUUUAAUGGACGCGACAUGGUCAGGAACAAGUAAAGAUAUGUGUUUUUUCAAGUCAAAUGUGCCCUUAACCCCAAUUUGCUCCAUUCGUGAUUUGCUAAGGAUCCAGUCGUUAGCACAAUGUUUACCCAUCGGUGUAGUCUUUUGGGUCGAAAGUUUAAACGAUUGUAUUCAACGCUGCCAAUCAUGGAUUGAUGAUGUUAAAGAAUGUUUAAAAGGCAGUGAUGUGGACCAAUUGGAUAAAUUAGUGAACUACUUUAACGCCAAGACCAUUACAGCUUUUCUAGCAUCGACAAAGGGAAACAUAUCCAAGGUAUCCGAGUACAGCUUACCCAUGCCACGCACUUGUUAUUUGAAUAUGAUCAGUCCUUACUGGGCUGUCAAUUUAAAAAUAAAAGAAAAUAUUCCUUCUUUUAUAGUGGGUGGUUUAGUCCUUGUGACACAGGAAGCAUCACACGUUCGUGAAACAGCAGUCAUUGAACUUUUUUUAAAGAAAUAUCAUUCCUGUGUGUUUGAAACUCCCACCAAAGGUUUGGAUGCUACGAUAAUCAAGUUUAUCAGAGCCGAAAUUUUACGGGUUCCUGAACUUGAAAGUCUCCAAAAGCAUCCUAUGUUCACCACAUGUCAAACGUUGUUGAAUCGUAUUCAAGAAUGUAAAACAAAAGCCUAUCAAUUAAAACAGAAUACACGGGCUUCUCUAAAAGAAAUUCAAGAGUUACUUGAGACUGUAGAAAACGAGGUGCCUCAGAAUCAUCAAAUUGACUUGUACAACUUUCCUGAAGUUGUUAGUAAAGCGAAAGAGUUAGAAGAACAGGUCGAUUGGAGUAAUUUACGCUCUAUACGGGAAACUUUAAAUCAAGCACAACAACUACCGGUAACCAGUGACGUUUUCGAUAAGCUUCAAAUUCUUAUUCAAGAGGUUGAUUCAUGGCGAAAGGAGUAUCAUCGUUUCAUUUCAUUAGUAAAAGCCACACCAAAUCAUAUGUUACCGACAUCUGAAGCGGAAGAAAAAGACGAAACUCAUAAUGUGGUUUUAAGUGGCCGGUCUGGGUUUUUAAAAAAUUUGUUUGUAUCUUCAACUGAUCCAACUAAGAUGAUUAUGGAUAAAUACCAUGAAACGCGACAUGAUGCAGACGGUAGCACGCCAUUGUACACACAAUCACAAACUUUUGAAAGUGCAUUAAAGUUAAUGGAGAAAAAGAACAAAAUCAAUGUUCAAUGUGACGAAGUUACUUUGUUGCAAGAAUGGAUUUCACAGUGUCAAAAAUGGAUAGAUGACGCCAACUGUGUACUUGGAGCGUUACAUAACACGCCGUUAAAUGAAGGUGUACAGAACUCUUCAAUUCAUGACAUGCCUCCAGGUCAUUUUCAAAAGGAUCAUCAGAAAAUGAGUCAGGGUGCGUCUUGGCAAUUACCACAAAUGGAAACUUUAUUACGCCGGAAGGCUGAGCUUCCUUUAGCGGUUCCGCUUCAUUUUGCCGAUCUUUUGAGGGAAAGAGUUCAUGAAUUACAAUGUAUUGAAAGCAAGGCCAACAAGGUCGCUUUAGGCAAUUUUUCGGAGGGCAAAGAACACGAACAAUUUCAUACAAGAAAUGAAGCACACAGCGCGUGCUUCAACUUGAAAAAUCUUUUAUGA